GCACACUAUUUGACGGUGCUGGUUAGUACCGAUGUAUGCUCAUUUUAUACUUCGGUGAGACAUUAUUUUCAAACUCCAUUAAGUUCCAAGUUUUUAAAAACAUUAUUGAGUGUAUUCACAUUUUCCACUUUACCGUCGUCAAUAUUCCAAGCAUAGUUAUAAAUUACGUGUUUCGAAAUAGGCGUUUGAGAACAAAAUGCCAACCGCUAGUGCCGCAACAUGGGUCAAAUUUUUCACCAAUGCCGGAAUCCCGUCCCAAGCGGCAGCAGGAUAUGCACACAUCUUUGUGGAAAACCGCAUCCAGAUGGAUAUGCUGACGGAUUUAAAUAAAGAAUAUUUACGCGAGAUGGGAAUCACGACAAUGGGUGACAUCAUUGCAAUUCUUCGUCACUCAAAAGUUGUUAACGAGCAAAGUGCCCGCGAACGUGUACUGGCAUCGCCAGGAGAAUUCGAUCAUGAUGGCAAAAACGGAAACACUUCUGUGCCGGUUGCUGCAAUUUCGGCUACACAGAAUUCUGCACCGAAAUCCGUUAUUUCCCGACCGAGCUCUGCAGUAUCGCUUCCCAGUAAACCAAGGAAGAUAUUUUCUGAGCACAAGAUUACGCUGCCAGAGGCAGGAUCUAGCUCCGGAUACAACCGAUCUGCCAAUGAAGUUUUGGAGAAGAGAACCGGAUUAGUAUCAACGAUUAUCGAUACAGGCAGCAGAUCGAAAGUUUUCAAACGUCUCUCACACAACUCUGAUGGUGAGGACGAUAACAAAGAUAACGAUGAUCAACAGCCACCUGCAAAAAUUUCUUCUAAAGUAACAACAAGAAGAGCGGAAAGUCCUUCUUCGUCCGUAUUUUCCCGUCUUGGAAUGAAAAAUAAACGAAGCAUCCUUGAUGGACCCACUGGAAUCCUAAAAAAAUCACCGAUUAAACCGAUGUUUUCGGAAAGAACUAUCACAUCUAGCACGCAAAAAAUUAUGUUGGUCAAGAAAAUUCCAGCUAAAGCUAUGGCGGUUUCAGAUGAGGAGGAUACACGUAAGUCUUACCGUAACUACCAGUAUUCUCAUAUGGACCAGAUGGAAACAAACGAGCCGCAAAAGUCGGUUUCGUUCUCAGAGGAAGAUGAAAUUCUGGAAAUUGCGCCUCGGCCACCGAUUCGACCUUUUGUUAAGACCGGACCACGAUUACGUUUUAAUGAGCGAGAGGUAUCGGUUAGAGCCCGUCUUGGCAAUUCGCCAAAUCGUAAACAACAAAUAACUGUGCUGCGAGGACCUAAGAAAACGGUUGCAAUGAAACCGUUUCGAUCUCCAGCAGGGAACAUAACAAGCUUGUCUCCCUCAUCACUAGUUCGAUCUAAGAUGAAGUCCGAUGCAAUGUUGCUUCGGAAAGAAACCCCUAUUCGAAGUCGACUAACGUUAGUAGGUGCGCAUGAAAAAUAUACACCAAUACGGAGUAAUCAAUCAAAUCGUAACGAAUCGAAUGACACGCAACGAUCCACUAGGACAUUUGAUCUUGAUUCGAAAAUGGCAAAUUUAUAUGUGAAACGACCUCGUCCGGGGUACCCUUCGAGCAGGACUUCAAAUCACAAUAAUAAAAACUUCCAAUCCGGAAGCAGUGUGUUUGACCGGCUUGGCUACAACAGGAAGUAAUCUAAAAAUUUUCAUUUAUAAGGUAGAUCAAGUUGCGAAUUGGGCAAAAAUAUAAUGCAUUCAUAUUAUAGGAACUGCUAUAUAAAUUAAGUGUUUGUCACAGCGGAUUCGAAUGGUAUAUUUAAGAAAAAAGGCUUGUCCAAUAGAAAGGUAUUAUACCAUUUAUCAUUUGCCGAUUAUACAAAAUAAAUUGAGUUUCAUGACAAAA